AUGGAUCCUGGAGAAAAAGGCUGGGUACAGGGAUUUUCAUUUAAGACGAUAUUCGGUUUGUCGCUGCUCUCUAGUCUUGUCACCGGGCAAAUACGUUUCUCCAUUCCCGAAGAAAUGGCAGUGGGAUCUUUAAUCGGAAGCAUUGCUUCGGACCUUGGUCUAGAGCCAAGAAGACUGGUGGCGGGAAAAGCUCGUGUUUUUACCGCCGGUGGCAGCGAGUACGUGGGGUUGGACAAUGAACAAGCGCAGCUGGUUGUUAAGGAAAGAAUGGACAGAGAACAGCUAUGUGGAGAUAUUUCUGUAUGUAGUAUCAGUUUUGAAGUGAUCUUAGACAAUCCAAUGGAGCUGUAUCGCGUUACAGUGGACAUACUAGAUAUUAAUGACAACAGACCUGUCUUCCCAGAGAGCGAAAUUAAGCUGGAAAUCAGUGAGUCUGCCCUCCCUGGGGCUCGUUUUUCUUUAGCUAGUGCCAAUGAUCCAGAUGUGGGUGCUAAUUCGCUGCAAAAAUACACGUUACACCCAACUGACCACUUUGUUUUGAACGUUCAGAAUGGUGUGGACGGUAGUAAAAAUCUAGAAAUGGUGAUACAAACCGCACUAGACAGGGAGGAGAAGUCGUUACAUCAAUUGACGCUCACAGCUUUCGAUGGAGGAAAACCUCAAAGGUCUGCCGUUGUUAAAAUUAAUGUUGUUAUCCUUGAUGCCAAUGACAAUUCCCCGAUAUUUAGCCAGCCCUCUUACAAAGCAUCUCUGGUUGAAAACGCGCCGAAAGGUACACUCGUAAUCAAAGUUUUUGCGACUGAUGCUGACGAAUCUAGCCACCAAAUUCAGUAUUAUUUUGAGCAUGCGACCCCUGCAGCAAAGGCUUUGUUUUCCAUUGACGCAGGAUCUGGGGAGGUCAAAGUGAUAGGCGACGUGGACUACGAAAAACACAAGCAGUUUAAAAUCAAAGUUAAGGCUAAAGAUCACGGAGGGCUGACGGACACAAGUGAAAUUAUAAUAGACAUUAUAGAUGUAAACGACAACGUUCCAAAAAUCACAAUUAUGUCUUUUUCAGGCGCAGUGUCUGAAGACGCAGAGCCUGGUACUGUGAUAGCUAUACUAAACAUACAAGAUCUCGAUUCAGGCGAUAACAGCAGAGUCACAUGUUCUAUUGAUUAUGAUCACCCGUUUAAAAUUGUAUUAUCAUUAUCCAAUUACUAUAAUCUAGUGACAGAUUCAGCACUGGACAGGGAACACAUCUCUGAUUACAACAUAACAAUAAGAGCAGUAGAUUCAGGCAUUCCAGCCCUUUCGAGUAAAGAGAUUCUAUCUAUUAAAAUAUCUGAUGUAAAUGAUCAUGCACCUCAGUUUGAGCAGGAAAUUUAUAAUGCUUAUAUUGCUGAGAAUAACCCUGCCUCCACAUCAGUCAUUACUGUUAAAGCCCAUGAUGCAGACUGGGGACCGAAUGCCAUAGUGUCCUAUUUCAUUGUAGAUGGAGAUUUAAAUGGUGCACCCCUGGCAUCAUAUAUCACAAUAAAUUCAGAGAGUGGAAUAAUCUAUACAGUAAAGUCAUUUGAUUAUGAGCAAUUGAAAUCAUUCAAAAUUCACGUAAGAGCACAAGAUGGGGGCUCACCCCAUAUGUCCAGCAAUGGCGCAGUGCAUAUAUUAAUUCAAGACCAGAAUGAUAAUGCACCUCAGGUUCUCUACCCAGUAAAAACCAGUGGAUCUUUGGUUGCUGAGAUUGUGCCUCAAUCAGCAGAUGUUGGUUACCUUGUCACUAAAGUUGUUGCUGUUGAUGUGGACUCUGGACAGAAUGCCUGGCUCUCUUACAAGCUCCAGAAAGCCACAGACAAAGCGCUUUUUGAAGUAGGACCACAAAAUGGAGAACUACGUACUGUACGCCAGGUCACUGAUAAAGAUGCUGUGAAACAAAAACUCACUGUAGUUGUGGAAGAUAACGGACAGCCAUCUCGCUCAGCUGUCGUGAACAUCAAUGUAGCUAUAGCUGACAGUUUCCCUGAAGUGCUCUCAGAGUUUACUGAAUUUGCCACUGCUAAAGAUUACAAUGACAAUGUGACAUUUUAUUUGAUUUUGGCUCUUGCUACCAUUUCAUUGCUCUUCAUUUUUUCAGUUAUUGCCAUAAUUUCAGUAAAAAUCUACAGAUGGAGGCAGAAUAGACUGUUCUAUAAAUGUGCAGCUAAUCUACCAGUAAUUCCUUAUUGCCCACCAAGCUACACGGAUGGUACUUUACAGCAUGUGUACAAUUAUGAGAUGUGUGGGACCACCGAUUCAAGAAUGAGUGAUAUAAAGUUUGUCAGGCCAUACAGCCAAAAUACCUUGGGUAGUGCGAGUCACAUGGGGACAGUGCAGAGAGAAAAGAGCGACCAGAAGGACAGUGACUUUCUUUCAGAGGUGAGGACUUUUUCCAUGUGCACCUGUGGGAUAUUUGGCAUGUUUUCCUGUUUGUAUGGGUUUAUUCAUACUGUGGCUUUCUUCCUGCAUCAAAAGGCUUUCAAAAGUUAG